UUGUCUAAUGGAAUAUUAUCUAUAAAAUGACCAAAUUUUGACAAAUCUAAUUAAUAAUUUUGAAAUUGAAAUGGGAGCUUCACAAAGUGCAAGAAAAAUCACCAUUGAAAAUGAUGAUGCUGCAAACGUGAUUAAAAUAUCAGACUCCUUGGUUGACCGAUUAAGAGGUGGAUUAAAUUCUGUACCAAAUGAUGCAGGUUCAGCAGAUUUAAACCGCGGGCAAUAUGGACAAUUGUCUCAUGAUCCCAACCAACCAUAUUAUUAUCCUAGCUUCACUGCUCUACAAGUAAAAAAGGAUAUGGAAGAGCAACUAGUUGAUAAUAAUAAUUAUUGGAUGAGGCGAAUAGAAGAUCUAGAAUUAGAACAUAAAAAAAUUGAUUUCAUAAUGGAGCAAGAAUUUGAAAAAGCAGUUGAAAAUGUGAAACAACGUUUUAGAAAGUUACCUACAGCUCACGGUGUACCUCCCUGUUUGGAAAGUAAAUCACGAAUAAUUAAAUGUUUUCAAGAGAAUUCACAACGUCCCAUUGAAUGUGCGCAAGAAGUCAAGUUAUUUGCGCAGUGCGUAAAUAAAGAACGUGCUGAAUUAUUACAUAAAAGAGGAUAGUCUGUCAUUAAACAAUUUAGUAAAUUUUAGGGUCGUUAACAUUUAAAAUUCGAUUUAUUCAAAUAAUAUGCUUACAUUAAUGAUGUUAAUUUAAAAAGAUGUAAAUUGUACAUACAAACGUAUAUGACUUGUAAUACCUAAUAAAAUUGGAAUUAAUA